AUCAUAGUACCAAUGCAGAAUAAAACAUUUUAGGUUUAUUCUUCGUAAUAAAAAGUUGUUCUUUGUAAUUAUCUAAACUAAAACUAUGAUUUCAUAUAAAGUUUUAAUAAUAUUAGCUAUAGUUAUUGACAUUGUUACAAACAAUUCUACUAAUCUAGGGAACAGUAUACGACAGGCAUAUAACGAUGAUUGCAUUAAAUAUUUAAAUUUAUUAGGGUUUAUACAUAAUGAUACAUUUAGCAAUUACUGUGUUGCAGAGUCAAUGGAUUUAGAUGAUAAAAAAGCACCGCAAUCAUUUAAUUUAAAACUGAAAACUGUAAUGGAUCGAGUGGAAAAAGAUUUUGAAAAUAUGGAUGAAAAUGCAGUAGUGAAAAGUGAUGACAUUAAAGAUUAUAUUACGGAAUUUUAUGAAAAUAUCUUGAAUAAAGGGAGGAAUUUUUAUGAAAAACCACUAAAGACGGUAGAACAAUUUUGUAAGAAAUAUGCAACCAGAGGAAGUAUUUGUAGUUGUUCACCUUCUUUAUCUUUAAUGUUUAAUUUUUUCCAAAUUAUGAGUAAGCUCACAUAAUAAUUAUUAGUAUAGAAUAUUGUAUUAUUUAAAAAUAAAACAAUUUGGUCAACAUUAAAGAAUUAAAUAACACCUUUUUAAAAAAUUCGUUGAAUUAAAUAUGUAUUUCAAUGAGUAAAUUUAAUAUUAUAAUUUGAUUCAUUAUUUGUUUAUAUAUUAUAUCAGAAUGUAAAAGUAAGAAAAAUUUUUUAUACAUGCAUCAUUUUUUAGCCUAAUUGGUAACCUUAGGAUGACGAUGUGGUCAAUGAAAAUAAUGUAAUAAAAACAUUUUAUCAAUAAUUUUAUAACAACUUUUCAAACAAUUUGAAAAAAAAAAAUUUUUUCAAACAAAUUAUUUUGAAUAUAAUAGUUGACAAUUUAACAUUCUAUGAUCGAUCAUUUUUAAAUAAAAUAAAGUUAACUUUUUUUAAAAAAACUCCUAUUACAGCUAUGUAUCUCAU